AAACGAAAGCGAUAUUUUCAGAAAGAAAAGCACCCGGCUUUCUUUAUCCUCGGUUUCUCAUGUCACAAUAAGAAGAUCUCUGACACGUUUAUAUAAGAAAAUAAAAAAAAAAAAAUGGAUUCGCGAGGCAGCAGUGAGACAAUGUCAUUUUUCGUCGAUGUCGUUACCGAAGAUUCAUUCUACGAGAAUUUAACGUUAGGUGUCGUCAAGAUUCUCGAAAAUUCGCCAUGCGUUAAAAACGUUCGCGUUAACAGACGAAAUGGUUGCGAACGAAACGCCAUUGCGAAUUGGGAGCAACGACACGGCUGCGUGUUGCCAGAAGACGUGAAGAAUUUCUAUGCCUCGAUCGAUGGUUUUCUACUACAGUGGAAUCUCGAGAUAGCAGGCGAGGAAUUUCCGGUAGGGCGAAUGGAAAUAGGCAAGCUGUCGUCCCUAAAACGUUACCUCGGCGUUGGGAAGGAUCGACAAAGCGGAACGACGGCGAGUCUGGCCACGGAGGAAGGAGGGGACAUCGAACCGGAAGUUGAGAUACUCGUAGGGAGUACCGAGGACGUUGUUACUGGUAACUCAAAGAUUCACACGGUUAAUCCUCGUGGUUCGAAACUCUUUGAGAUAGCUCGAUGCUUUCCCACAAGUUUGGAUGCGAAGGUUUAUUUGGUAUAUACGAAUAAAACUGAACAAACGUCCCCUGAAAUUUGGCUUCAUCAGGAAACUACAGAUCGAUGGUAUUAUCUGGCCGAUGAUUUUACCAGAUACUUUCGUAUGAUGUUGGUCCAUCUUGGUUUGCCUGUUUGGCAAUGCUGUGUCGUUGGCUUACCUCUGCCAACCUGGGUUGAGCAAGUCUAUUUCUUGGUUGGGCCUCAUCUACUGCCAAAUAUAAUAGAACCAACUGAAACAAUUUCUAGUAGUCUCUGGAACAAUGGUCCAACCAAUCUACUCGAUCCGAACAUUUUCAAGGGUAAAGAAAGUAAGCAAAGAAACCCAAGAAAGAAAUGAUUUUUUCCUAGUCAUUGCCGUCCUUCUGAUCAUCGUGAUAAAUCUUUCUCUUUCGAGGAAAAAGAAAAAGGAAAGAGAGAAAAAAAAAAAAAGAAGGAAGAAUAUCCUGGCGAUCCGUCAAACGUACGAACCCCUUUAUAUUUUCUUCA